UGGUAUAAAAUGGUUAGUGUCUGAACCAGACUGGUAAGAACAGGUUUCCCUCUCUAAUUUUAUCAAUACUUUUGAUUGACUGUGUUGCUGUCAGAGCUCAGUAUGAAGUGGCGGCUGUCAUCUCUGGAGUUUCUCCUCAGCAUCAUUUGUUCUCUUCUUCUGCUCUGUUGUGUUGGACUCAUAGUAGUCGCGUGGAUCAGCCUGAAGUGUGAAGGUACCGUUGAACCUGCAGUGGUGACCGGUCGGAUGGUGAUCACAGACGGAGCAGACUUCUCUGAGGAGCUGAGGAACUCCAGCAGUCUGCAGUUUAAAGCUCUCGCCUUUGACGUCCAGCAGCUGGUGUCUGAGGUGUUCAGUCGCACUGAGCUCAGGUGGACGUACAAGUCGUGUCAGGUGUUGUACUUCAGUCGGGGCAGUGUGGUGGUGACCUUUGACCUCUGGUUCAAUCAGCUGAUUAGUGUGGCGGCGGUAGAGCAGUGGCUGCGGGCGGGGCUUCAGGAGGUCGAGGGUGGAGGAUUGGUCAUUGACAAAAACAGCGUCCAGAUCACAGAGAAACCAGAGCAGACGACAGCGGCACACACAACCAUCACACCUGCAACAGGCGAGAAAACACAAACGAAUCAGAUGUCCAGUUCACUCAAAGUCCCCAAACCAUACAGUUUGACAUGUCCCGCUCAUCAGGCAUCCUGUGCUGAUCAAUCAGCGUGUGUUACGAUCGAUCAGUUCUGUGACGGAGUCGACGACUGUCCUGAUGCCUCUGAUGAAGACGCUGCCCGCUGUGUGACAGCGUGUGAUGGACAGUUUGUGCUGAGAGGACCAAGUGGUUCAUUCAGGUCGUCGGACGUUUCCGAGACGUACAACAGCAACAGCUUCUGUCGCUGGAUCAUCAGGGUUGAUCGAGGACUUUCAGUUAAGGUCAAGUUCCAUAAAUUUGAAACUGAAGAAAACAAGGACACUCUGAAACUUUAUGAAGGCGUUGGACCAAACAAACUGCUCACAGCUGAGCUCUCAGGCUCCAUCCUUCCCGGGACGGUGUGGCUGCUGACCGAACAAUCAACUGUCGAGUUCAUUUCUGAUGAUGUCAACAAUCUGUCCGGGUUCAACGCGACCUACAGCACCUCUAACCUGUCCAAUGAGGAGAAGCUGACCUGUACCUUUGAGCAGAGCAUGUGUUUCUGGAGGCAGCAGAAUAAUGAUGAAUUCAACUGGAUUCGAAUCAACGGCUCCACUUUUGCUCAGCUGGCCGGCCCGAGUUUCGACCACACGCUGGGAAACAGCUCAGGUUUCUACAUCGUCACACCUCGGAGUCCUGGCCAAAACCUGGUGAGCUUCAGGAUCUACAGCCUUGCGCUGACUCCGGCCACAGAGUCCAUGUGUCUGAGCUUUUGGUACCGCAUGUAUGGAGAGGAUGUUCUCCGUCUCAAAGUUCUGCUGCUCCGACCAUCACAACCUGAACCUGCCGUUACCGUGGUGUUUCAGAGACAUGGUAACUAUGGUGACAGCUGGAACUAUGGCCAAGUGACCUUAAACCUGAUGACCAAGGCCACGGUGGUGUUUGAAGCUUUAAAGGAGAGAGGGAGGAGAAACAGCAUCGCUCUGGAUGACAUCACACUAACCUCUGAUCCCUGUGGCCCUGCCCCCCCUGAACCCACUAUUGUACCACCUCCACCAACCAUGCCUCCCAUCCCAGCUGACUGCGGAGGACCCUUUGACCUGUGGGAGCCAAACUCCACUUUCAGUUCACCAAACUACCCACAAUCCUAUGGGAACAAGGCUGAGUGUCUGUGGACCCUCCACAGUGCGGAGGGUCAAAAGAUCCAGCUCCACUUCCUGGACUUUGACGUUGAAGUGACCUAUGACAUGGUAGAGGUGCGGGACGGGGCGGGGCCUAACUCAACGUUACUAGCUGUCCUCACUGGCAGUGACAGCCCCACCCAUGACUUGUUCUCCACAACCAAUCAGAUGACAGUGUGGUUCUUUACGGAUGACUCCGGUCACGGUCGAGGAUUCAGAGCCAACUUCACCUCCGGUGUUAACCUGGGGUCACCAGCUCCAUGUGCAUUUGGUGAGUUCCAGUGUCAGACAGGAAGUUGUGUCAAUGGAAACAAUCAGUGUAAUGGCAUGAUCGACUGUCCUGACGCCUCUGAUGAAGCUGACUGUGUUGUGUUGCAGGUGAAUGGUUCCAGUCGACUUCAGUUUCGCCUUGCCUCCUCUGUUCUCACUGUGUGUGCUGACACCUGGAGCUCUGUCCUGUCUGACUUCACCUGUCAGUACCUGGGAUACAGGUCUGGGGAGGCCUCUCUGCUACCAGCUCUACCACAAGAUUCACCAUUUGCAACCGUAAAACUCAGCAGUAGUGGAACACUGGAAACCAGUGUCAGUGAAACCUGCCGCAGUGACAGCGUGAUUUCACUCAGCUGUGACAACCAGCCUUGUGGAGUUCGUCAAAUCACUAACGUCACAAGAGACACAGAAGAGAGGAAGCCUGGUCAAGGUGUGGGCAAAGUGGUGGGUGGAGUUAAUGCCAUGAAGGGGGCGUGGCCUUGGAUAGUGUCUCUGCAUUGGCGGGGGCGUCACGUGUGUGGAGCCUCUCUGAUCAGCAGCGAUUGGCUGCUGACUGCUGCACACUGUGUUUAUGGGAAGAACCUGCACCUCCAGUUCUGGUCGGCGGUUGUUGGCCUUCACUCUCAGGAGGAUGUGAACACCUUCAGUGUUCAGACCCGACAAAUCAAUCGCAUCAUCAUCAACAGACAGUACAACAGACGAACCAAACAGGCUGACAUGGCCAUGAUGCAUCUACAGCAGCCAAUCAACUUCACCCAGUGGAUCCAGCCAUUGUGUUUACCUGCCGAGGGUCAGGACAUCACAGCAGGAACAAAAUGUUUCAUCUCAGGCUGGGGACAAGAUGCUGAGCAAGGUUAUCCAACCAAUGUCCUGCAGGAGGCUGAGGUUCCUCUGGUGGACCAGGAGCAGUGCCAGCGUCAGUUGCCCGAGUAUACCAUCACCUCCAGCAUGCUGUGUGCUGGAUACCCCGAGGGAGGGGUUGACUCCUGCAAGGGCGACUCUGGAGGGCCGCUGAUGUGUGAGGACGGAGGGCGCUGGACCCAGAUUGGUGUGACCUCAUUUGGGAUUGGCUGUGGACGCCCUCAGAGACCUGGAGUCUACGCCCGAGUCUCGAGCUUCAUCUCCUGGAUCGCCCAGACCAGACGAUCCUCUUCACCCUCCUCUUCAUCUUCAUCCUCUUCCCUAAAUUAA